GGGGCGGGAUAUCGGAGGAGCGCCGGCGCGGUGCGGGGCGGGAUAGCAGGAAGAUGGCGACCUCGCUCGGAGCGAACACGUACAACCGGCAAAACUGGGAAGACGCGGAUUUUCCAAUUCUGUGCCAAACAUGCCUGGGAGAAAACCCCUACAUUCGAAUGACAAAAGAAAAAUAUGGAAAAGAGUGCAAGAUCUGCUCCCGGCCUUUCACUGUUUUCCGUUGGUGUCCGGGUGCUCGGAUGCGUUUUAAGAAGACCGAAGUCUGCCAGACUUGUAGCAAACUGAAGAACGUGUGCCAGACCUGCCUGCUGGACCUUGAGUAUGGAUUGCCCAUCCAGGUCCGGGAUGCAGGAAUAUCGCUCAAAGACGAGAUGCCCAAGUCUGAUGUCAACAAGGAGUAUUACACGCAGAACAUGGAGAGAGAGAUCCAGAACUCGGACGGAACGAGACCGGUGGGUGCCCUGGGCAAGGCCACCAGCUCCAGUGACAUGCUGCUGAAAUUGGCCAGGACCACCCCGUAUUACAAACGCAAUCGGCCGCAUAUCUGUUCCUUCUGGGUGAAAGGAGAGUGCAAGCGAGGGGAGGAGUGUCCUUACAGACAUGAAAAGCCAACUGACCCGGAUGACCCCUUGGCCGAUCAGAACAUCAAGGACCGUUACUAUGGCAUUAACGACCCAGUGGCUGACAAGUUGCUGAAGCGGGCAGCGACCAUGCCCAGAUUGGACCCACCGGAAGACAAGACGAUCACCACCCUCUACGUGGGAGGUCUUGGGGAGCAGAUCUCGGAGACAGAGUUGCGGAAUCAUUUUUACCAGUUUGGCGAGAUUCGCUCCAUCACUGUGGUCCAACGGCAGCAGUGCGCCUUCAUCCAGUUUGCCACCAGGCAGUCGUCAGAGCUUGCUGCCGAGAAAUCGUUCAACAAACUCAUCAUUAAUGGGCGAAGACUGAACGUCAAAUGGGGCAGGUCGCAAGCUGCCAGAGGGAAAGAGAAGGAAAAGGACUCGAAUGUUACAGAGUCGGGAAUGAAAUUGGAGCCUGUUCCAGGGUUGCCUGGUGCAUUGCCUCCACCGCCGCCGACCAUCGAGGAGGAGACCCCCACCAACUUCUUCAACCUCCCGCCCAGCGCUCCUCCUGCCGUGAUGAACAUUUCGCUGCCUCCUCCACCUGGACUCGCACCGCCCCCACCGCCAGGGUUUGGAGCCACCGUGUUCCAUGGCAUGCCUCCUCCACCUCCUCCCUUCCUACGUGCUCCUGGCCCGAUCCAUUAUCCGUCCCAGGACCCUCAGCGGAUGGGUGCCCACACAAACAAGCCCAGUAGCGCCUAACUGUCAUCAAGUUGCCUGUUUCCAUCUUCACAGCAGCCAGGCGCCAACAUCAAAAAGAGCGGGAAUUUUGGGAAAGCUGCUUCCUCAAGCGUCUUUUAAAACCCCGAUCCCAAACCCAAUUCAACAAAAAUUCUUUUCUACAUUUUAGAAUUUAGUAACCUUGGUUUAAUUUCCCUCCCAUCUGACCAGAGGGCGGUGUGAGUGGCACACCUCUCUUGCCUGGUUGGGCAGGGUUUGGGAUUUGUAUCUGCCCUGUGUCGUUUCAGUAUAACCUGGCCAGCUGUGGCAAUUCCUGACACCCCUUUCAACCUAAACCGUCGCUGGGCACCCGGUCUGAACAGAUGUUUGAUGUACACUGACUCGAUUGUGAAUUGGACGCCCCCCUCUCAACACUGAGAUGCCCCUGUGGUGUGUCUUCCGCCCUCAAAUCCCCCUUUCAAAGCUCAAGCAUUUACCCUGUGAUGUGACAUUGAGCAGCCAGGGAGGUCCAUCCCCACACCGUCACCAACUUUAGGCAGGGCAGCAAUGGAGGCACUGAAAUUGGCCCCAGCACCCCUGGGCUCUUGGGGUGGUGGGGGCUGUUGAGAUGGGUUGAGGUGGGAAUGUCAGUGAGGUCUCAUGCUCCCAAUUUCUUUACGGAUCAAGACCUACUGCUAAACCCUUCACCACCUGCUUACUCACUCAUUCUCGCUGCUUGGCUUGAGUGCCAAGAAAUGCCCUCCCCCUAGCAGGAGGGAUGAUGCCUGCUGGGAUCCCAAGAACUGUGCCCUCACUGCAUUGGUUGGGUGAGAUGUAAAAAAAAACACAUUUGAGUGGUGUUAAAUCUGAAUUAGUGUGUGUGUGUUAAUGAUCAGUUCCAACUGGAGCCCAGAAGCAGUCUGCUUCAUUGAUUAAAGUGGAAGCAAUGGUGUAGGCAUAAAAGAGUUAAUUGAAAGUGUUCACCCACUGGACCUUCCCUGUGUCUGUAGUCUCCAGAUGCUAGGGAUGAAGAGUCUAAUUACACCUCCAAAAGAGGGCAUCAAAAAGCCAGAGGGUUAAAUGUAAGGAUUGUAAUUAUUAGUGCGUGUGUUGUUUUUAUACAGAGGGUGUCAGUAACCCACGAGUAGAGCAAGUGGUCUUUGUUAUGGUAGGAUACUUGCUGGAAUGUUCUUCACUGAGCCUCCACAAUUCUUCACACACAGCUCUCGGGUAGUGAAAGCGCUGGUUUCCAGUUCCUGGAGCCAGUGAGCAGAGAGAGUGCACAGAGCACCGAGAUUUGGAGUCAGGAUCAGGCAUGGAGAGAUAGUGAGGGAGAGGGGCACUGACUCUGCCGCAGCCAAUGUGACUCGAUGCAAUAAACAAGUUUUCUACAUCCUGUUGGUAAUUUUGGACCCCCUCCCCUUUCUCCAUAUUCAUCCAAGAUUACUCUGAAAACCCAAGGGAGUACAGUAUUGCCUUUUCUCCAUUAAAAGAUUCUUGUGCCACUUUUUGACUUUUUUGGUAACCUGCACAAGGCGGAAGAUUCUGUGCAUCAAAUGCAGCAGCUGUCAUGGGCCGUGUGUACUUGUUCAAUGGCCGAAUUGGAUAGUUGCCCUGACAAAGCGUUUCUUGUCCUUCCGUCUCCACAAGCUGUGAGGCACUGACCCCGUGGUAACCUUGGUAGCCCUCCCAGCUUCUGACGACCAUUCAGCAGUCCCCCUCGCCACCCCAUCGUCCCUCCACCCCCGGCAGCUUAUGCCCUAGACUGCCGCAUUGUGUGAGCGUUGGUAAUAAGUUGACUAUCUGUGGAAGUGGGGUGACAGGCUUCAGAGCUGAGCUUGAAUCUGGAUUUUUUUUUCACACACGUAUGGUCAUGGUCUGUGGCCAGAUUGACUGGGUUGGCCUGGACUGGGUAACCUCUCCCGUCCUUCCCAGCUCCACCACGCCACACCUCAAUCUGUCUGUAGCUGUAGCACAGGCCUGCCACAGUGAGCACCGCCCCCCCCCCCGCCGUUGGUUCCCGACAGUGGGUUACCCAGUCCGUGUGACUCACCUGGAUAAAGCCACUGGUGAGAAUAUUCACCCCCCCCCCCCCCAGGUGGCAUGGCACAACUGGAGCCCAGCUUUGUAAAUUCAGAGUCCGUUUUUUUUUAAAUAUUCCAUAAGCCCCUCCUCCCUCUCCCUCUCUCUCUCUGCCACCCCCCUUCCUCCCAAUUCAUUGUCUUUGAACGCUUGUCGGAGCAGUUGAAAUUUGUCAGGCUGCUGCGGGGAUGCAGUGCAUCUGGUCAAACUGUCGAAAGGGAACCGUGAUCCCUGUCAUUCCAUUCACAUCCAUAAAGGUUCUUUUUUAAGUC